GCGGCUGCUACUGGCUCCAAAUUGUAUCUGCGCGCAACCCAACUCGUGUGGCGCUUGGUUGGGAAAUAUUACAGCCAGUCUGUGAGUCUGACUUCCUUUGCCCGAGUGCUCGUUGGAAAGCAAAACAAUCUCUGGUGCAUUUUCUGUUGUCAGCAGAAGUUUUUGCUGCCUGUUUGUUGAUUGCAGCCGUUGAAACGCACAUGUCGAAAAGGAAAUCGCAGCAAAACUCGAUAUUCCUCCUGCCCUUAAGUCGUAACCGUACGAUCUGUCAGCAGCGAUCUUAGACUGGAUCUGAAUCAUGAGCAUACCUGGCACCCCCGAAUCCUCGCCGUUGGAUAUUGCGGACCAUGUGAACAGGAACUGGGAAGCCUGCGACCAAGACGCCCUAAUCAGCCUAUUAACACCAUGCUUCCAUCCAUCCAGCGGUGACAGCGAUCCCGUGAACGACGCAGACGGCGCCUUCCACGUGGCGCACCAGCAGCAGUACCCCUGGCUGGCGUACUCCCCCUCCGCCCGGGGGGCCUACUGUCGCUUCUGCUCCCUGGGCUUCGCCGUCGGCUGGCAGGGCCACCGCCUACCCUGGCAUGCGCAGUUGGUCGGCACACCGCUGGACGCUGCCAAGAAAUCCACGGCGUACUAUGCCAAUCACGAGAAAACAACCUACCACAACCACGCGCGGGCCCAGGCGGAGCAGUUCUGGGUGACGGUGUCGCCACUGCCCCUGAUGAUCAGCGUGCCCGCUGCGGAGCCGAAGAAUUGGAAGGCGGCGGAACGGGAGUAUAAGCGACUUACCGGGCAGGGCGGCGUGGGCGGGGAGGGGCCGUUAAGUGCGGAGGAUGAGCGGCCAGUUCGCCAGACCGUUCGGGGAAUCUAUUGCGACCAAUGCGAGCAGGUUUACGUGGAGCCAUGUCCUUUGCAUUUGCAGACUAUGCCCGAUACAACUGCUCCGCCGUACGCUGUGGCCAGCUUGCCGGAAAAGCUGUAUUUGAUACGGGCGGAAGAAAAUGCAGUGUUUGCCAAAGAGACCAUUCCUUCCCUGACCGUCUUCGGGCCUUUAGUUGGAUCGAUUUCCGAAACGAGACCGGAUGAAUUUGAUUUUGUCUGUCGGAAUGUUCAGGAUAAAGGCCUUCGAUAUUUCCAGUUGGAUUCAGAUGAGACUGCCAACUGGAUGAAAUUCGUCAGAUUUGCCGACAGCCCAGCAGAGCAAAAUGUUGCUGUUUAUGAGGUCGAAGAAACCGACGAAUCAACGGCAUGUCGACUGUUGGAAACGCGCGUCAUGUUCGUUACAACGGAAGAUAUUUCGGCGGACGAGGAAUUGAAACUUGGAUAUUCAUCAAAUUAUGCCGACAUGAUUCGUAAUGCGAGCUGGAAAUGUCGAGCGCAUUUGGAAAAUGGUAGGUCGUUGUGGAUAAUAAAGCCGGGAGUAAUGCACGGCCGCGCAUAG